UUGCUUAACAUAUUAUAUAUAUUUGUUAGAAUGAUCCCUCACAAGACUAAGCGCGGAGAAGUUGCUCUUGCACGGUUGAAGGUGUUGAGGAUUCAGGUUGGGCACAAAUAUUGCCUGUUGUGCAAACUCUCAUCAGAAGUCCGAUGGAACAAUUAUGAAAUUAUCAGGAUUCGGAAUGGUGUUUUUGAUCAUCUUGUCAUGUGGGAGGGGGUCAAGUCCUUGCUUAACCGGCGCACUUCAGCAAGGUUAUUUUGGUUGCUUAUCUCAAGAACCUUCCAAAUUCACGCGACUUGGAGGGAAAUUACCAAAGGGAAUCCUUCUUACAGGAUCACCUGGGACAGGAAAACUCUGCUUGCAAAGGCUAUUGCGGGAGAGGCGGGCGUGCCUUUCUUUUACAGUGCAGGAGUUCGAGGAAAUGCUCCAUGCAUCGUUUUCAUUGAUGAAAUUGAUGUCGUUGCAUCCUACUCGGAAGCAGUGGGAAGGCCAUACAAAGAAAACGCUGCAUCAGUUGCGCGGAAUUUUAUUGUGAUGACUGCAACAAACUUGCCCGAUAUACUCGAUCCAGCUUUGACCAGACCCGAUAGAUUUGACCGACAUGUAAGUUUUUAUAUACUUACUAGCAAAAACAUCUCCGUUCGACAAUUCUUGUUCAUAAAUAUUUGAAUUCGAUAGUGACUUUCAAUGCGAACUUAACAUUAUUAAUUCAAUAAAGAAGCUAUUACUCAAAAAGACUCACCAACAUUUUUCCUGUUUGAAAAAAAAAGCCUAACAAAUAAUUUUCUUGAUUGUAGUUCCUAAUCCCGAUGUGUGGGGUCGUCAAGAGACAGG